UAUAAAGACCGGGUUGGUAGGAGACGCCUCAUUUCGGGAUCAACUUUGAAACGUCAAGAUGGCAGCUGUCUUUCUUUCCGUUCUGUGUGUCCUCUUUUUAUCAGCCUUCACGUCAGCUACUUUCAAGGUCGCUCAACGGAGGCUUCAAACAGCUAGUGAAUGGCAGUUGAUCGACACGUGGACGUUCGAAUCAGGCUACGUUCGUUUCAACUACAACAUCACCUUUCCUCGGAGCUAUGCUCCCAUGAAGUUCCUUUUCUACAAACAAGAACAGUUCUUCCAGGCGAACGAAGGAAGCAAGACUUGCGACGAGAAGUUGUCUGUUCUACAAUUCGGCGCCACCGGUCAACAAAUCCUGAACCUUGACGUUGGAAUGACCCAAGCCGGCUGUAUGCAGCGUUACGACUCCACCAUGGGGGACAGCGUCACCUGUAACGGCCGCGUUACCUUCAACGUCGAUCGUGGUAUGAUGUGGUACGUGGUGGGCAACAGAUGUGGCACAAUGAACGGAAUCUCGGGCAUGGACGUGUGGUUCUACAUCGACAACCAGGGGGAGACAGAGGGGGAAACCACACGGCACCCUGGCUUCCCUACAUACUCCGGCCAAUCAAAGGCCACGUUCACGGCCUUCACCUUGAUUCCCUUCCUCGUGCUGAAACAAUGUCUGGCGUAGCUCUCAUUGGUUGGCCUCCACACGUAUAUAACAAUCAACAUAUUCCUGAUGACUUCAUAUUGAAUUGUUCCUGAGAUAUAAAGACCCGUCUAUAUUCUUAACCCAACUAGAGAUCCAAGGCGUCAGAAGUUUGUUUUUCCUAAUUUCGUGAAAAACCUAUCCAUGUUAAGAAAUUAUUUAGCCGAAAGAGAUCGACUUUUUCUCGUCUUGUCGACAUAUGUCAUGCAAGGAUAAGAUAUAACUUCUUUAUUACAAUUAGGAGCGACGUUUCGGUGUAGGUUCUCACACCCUUAUCAAGCAAUUGCAAUAAAGAAGUUGUUCAUCCAUAUAUCUUACUCUUACUUAGUCCACCAAAUUUUAAAUGCCUCUCAAAAAAGAAACCAUAUGCCAUUAUAGAUUCAUAACUGGGUGCAUUUAAACAUUUUUUUGAAGUUCAGUCCAUCUUUAAGACAGGAUAAAAUUGAUGUUGAUAAUGGACACGCCCCUGGAUGUCGAGUACCAUAUAGUGACUAGUUACCUACAUAACACCUUGUGGAUAUAUGUAGUUGAGAGGAGAAUCGCGCGUUGGAAUGUUGCAGUCUGACGUCGCCAUUGCCAUGGCGACUGACUUCUGAACAGUGUACCUAAUACUCUGUAUUCUAUACCGGUGGUUGUGCAUGCACACCCCGUACGAGAACGAUAGAGUGUAAUUUGUCUGUAUAUGAUAAUAAACGCUAUUUUCCUUA